UCAUUCCCACCACCUCCCCCUCCACUCAUCCAUCCUUCACCAUACAAAAUCACAACGAAAUGAUGGCCAUGGGGAGCAAGCCCAGAAACCUGUCCUAAACCCAUCUUCUUGCUACGUCUCUUCAAUGGCCAUCACUGCCACUGCGACAACAGCAACCCUUUCCCUCCGCCCCUCGCUAACCUUCUCUUCACCAUCACUGCCAUCUUCUUCUUCUUCUUCUUUCUUUACAGGUAAGAAGUUUGCUUCUCCACCCAUAUUAACUGUGAGGUUCAGCAAGACCAAGACAAAGGCCUAUACCAGUGGUCCUGGGCCUUUCGUCUACGCUUCUGGGGAUUACUAUGCUACUCUUGGGGUCCCCAAAUCUGCUACCAGUAAAGAAAUCAAAGCUGCUUAUCGAAGGUUAGCUCGUCAGUACCACCCUGAUGUCAACAAGGAACCAGGAGCAACUGAAAAGUUUAAGGAGAUUAGUUCUGCGUAUGAGGUGCUAUCAGAUGAUAAAAAGAGGGCUCUGUAUGAUCAAUACGGUGAAGCUGGAGUUAAAAGUACAGUAGGGGGACCCUCAAGUGCUUAUACGACUAAUCCUUUUGACCUAUUUGAGACAUUCUUUGGGCCGAGCAUGGGUGGUUUUCCUGGCAUGGAACAAACUGGGUUCAAUACACGCCGUCGUAGUACUGUUACUAAGGGCGAAGACAUUCGCUAUGACAUUAGUUUAGAAUUCUCUGAGGCCAUAUUCGGAGCAGAAAAGGAGUUUGAGCUUUCUCAUUUGGAGACAUGUGAAGUUUGUGCUGGUACGGGAGCAAAAAUGGGUUCCAAGAUGAGGAUAUGCUCAACCUGUGGUGGCAGGGGUCAAGUUAUGAGAACUGAGCAAACUCCCUUUGGCUUGUUCUCACAGGUUUCUGUCUGUCCCAAUUGUGGUGGGGAUGGCGAAGUCAUUUCUGAAUACUGUCGAAAAUGCUCUGGUGAGGGGCGUAUUCGUGUUAAGAAAAAUAUCAAAGUCAAGGUCCCUCCAGGAGUUGGUGCAGGCAGUAUCCUAAGAGUAGCCGGAGAGGGUGAUGCUGGACCAAGAGGUGGUCCUCUAGGGGAUCUUUAUGUGUAUCUUGAUGUUGAAGAGAUAACAGGAAUCCAAAGAGAUGGCAUUAAUCUCACCUCAACAAUAUCUAUCAGUUAUGCUGAUGCAAUACUGGGGACUGUUGCUAAGGUGAAAACAGUUGAAGGAAUGAGUGAGCUUCAGAUUCCACCUGGUACACAGCCAGGGGAUGUGUUAGUCCUAGCUAAGAAAGGUGCACCUAAACUGAAUAAACCAUCCAUCCGCGGUGAUCACUUAUUUACUAUUAAAGUUACAAUACCAAAGCGUAUAAGUGCCAAAGAACGUGAAUUGCUUGAAGAACUUGCUUCACUGAGUAAUAAAAAUGUCACUCGAUCACGAACUCGGCUCAAAACUCAGCCUGCCACCAGAGAUCAGGAACGCAAGGUGGAAACUGUUUCUGAGACAACUGAAGAAUCAAGAGAUCAAAAUGACCCAUGGCAGAAGUUGAAAGAUUUUGCAGGGUCUCUUACAAACGGUGCUCUGAAAUGGCUGAAGGACAACCUCUAAGUUGGUGGUGACAUCCGGAGUCACAAUAGUAGCAGCCUUUGAGCUUUACAUUAGCCGUAGAUUUUUUGUACCAUUUAGCUUUAAGGACUAAGCAUUCAUUUACUCUGAUUGCUUAAAUAGACGUCUCUCGGCAUUGUGUUGAAGAAAAAUUCAAUAGCAACCUGGUGGAGAAUCUUUCAUUUCUUUCUUCUUCUUUUUUCCUUGUAAAUUCAACUCUAGACAAAUUGAUAUAGAUUAGCAUCUUCAAGUGUAAAAUUGCAUUCUAUGAGCUGGUUAGAGCUGCUGCCAGCAAACACAAUAAUUUCUAUGAUAUCACCAAAAAGAAGAAUUCUAUGAGCAGGCUAAA